AUCCGAUUUUAAAUCGCUGGUUUUAACGAUUCAGUUGGAUUUUAUUGGGAUUCAUCGAUAAGCUCGCGUAAAGCAGAGUCACAUAUGUCUCCGCUGAAGGUUUUAGUCAAAUACAUGCGAAAAAGACGACGGUAGACGGGUUUAAGUGAGCGGUGAUCUAUUAGGAUCGGAUAGGCCGCCGAGUCUCAUCCCCGUUAGCUCGGAGGAAAAAAAUAACAAACACGAAAUCGUCGUCUGUAAUUGAUACAUUAUUCGAUAAAAACGUCGUUUUCAUAUUUCUUUAUUAACUGGAUUGUGUUGACUAUAAAGUGCACAUGAAUAUAGCGUUUUGAAGUGCAGUAAAGGCUUCCUUUGGGAGUUCGAGCCCUGUUGGCUCUUUGUCCUCAGAGGAUCAUGACUUUGAUCCAACAGCAGAGAUGUUGAUUCAUGAGUAUGAUGAUGAAAGAACUUUAGAAGAGGAGGAACUUCUGAAUGAAGAGAAGAAUUUCAGUGCAGAAUUGGCAGACUUGGAAAGGGAAGGAAACAUGCCGAUUGAGGAGUUGUUGGCUAUGUAUCGUUAUGAAGCAUCAGAUAGUACAGGGGCGGGAUCUAGCAUUGACAGUUCUUCUGUUGAACUAGCAGAUGAUCUGCCUGACAUGACGUUGGAUAAGGAGGAGAUUGCGAAAGAUCUCUUAUCAGGAGAUUAUGAGGAGGAGACCCAGUCUUCUGCUGAUGAUCUGACCCCUUCUGUUACCUCACAUGAAGCCACAGACUUCUUCCCUAGAACACUCAGAUCUAAUGUGACCUAUGAUGGUGAUAAAGAAUCUGAAGGGGAGGAUGACGGGGUGAGCAGUGAAGAUUCUAGAAAGGAAAUAAUGGUUGGGUCCCAGUAUCAAGCAGAAGUUCCUGAAGGGCUCAGCCACUAUAAUGAUGAUGAAAAGGUGUAUGAGGAGGAAGAUGAGCUGCUGUGGUGUCCUGGUGUGCUCUCAGAAUGUAAAGUGAGAAACUACCUCAGAGAGGCCAUGUCACAGACAACAGAUGGAAACAUGGAUGACUACACAUCUGACCACAUACAAGAUAAUGAAGAGGCCUUGUUUGAGCUGUUAAAAUGUGAUUAUGACACCUGUGAGGCACUUACGCGACACCGCAGAAAUGUGAGGAUGUCGAAAGAAGAGUCACCACCAUGGUCAGAAGACGAAUGCAGAAACUUUGAACAUGCACUGCAGAUUUAUGAGAAAAACUUUCAUCUUAUUCAGAGACAUAAGGUUCAGACACGGACUGUUGCAGAAUGUGUGGCUUUUUAUUACAUGUGGAAAAAAUCUGAACGGUUUGACGACUUUGCUCAACAGAACCGAUUUGGCAAGAAGAAGUACAGUAGUUACCCGGGUGUGACAGACCUGAUGGAUCGGCUGGUGGAUGAGGCGGAGGGUCUUGCGAUGGACAGUUCUUCCUCUGUGUGUUUAGGCGGAGCAAGAAUCGAGGGCUCAGCAGAGCAACAGCUCGGACUGCUUAACUCCAUCACUGCCAGCGAUCUCACAGCCCUUAGUAACAGUGUAGCAACCGUGUGCAACGGUCCUGCAGACGUGAGCUGUUUGGACACCUCUUACUUCUCCCCUCUGGAGAGUUUACACCGAGGAUCCCUGAACCACGAUGAGCAGAUGAGCUACGUCACCACAAACGGAGACGGCAGCUGUUUCAACAUGUUAGAUUCUGCCUUCUACCGCUCUGACCUGAGCCAGAUGAGCGUGUGCGGCACCAAAGACUGCGAACGGCCCUCCAAGAGGCUCAAGAUGGGUCUCGCCGAGUCCUUUAUUAACGACGUGUCAGUUUCGAACCUGGCCAUGGACUUCGAGGGCAGACGAACGCAUCGCAUCACGGGAACGACGAUGGCGGUGUCGGUCACAGACUUCAGCAGUAUAGGGGGCAGCGACCCCAACGGUUUCAUAAGCGCUCACUCACGACAUCACCAGCACACCGCACUUCAGUCCGACUGACUUCCUUUUGCCAUUCAGUCACCCGUUCACUGACUAUUAGUUUUUUUAUUAUUAUAAAUAUAUAUGAAUAUACUUUUUGGUCGUUUUUUUUUUGUUUUCGUAAUAUGACAUCAGUGAUGUCUUUAUUGUACAGAGCUAAGAAAUCUUGAUUUCUCAAGAGUUUAAAUAGCCAUUUAUUUUUCUGGUUUUCAGAUAUUUAAUAUUUUUUCUUCUACGAUGAUAUACAGUUAAACCUAAAUGCUGGAGCAGAAAGUUGUGGACUCGUACUGUAGUCAUCUCAACGCCUGCAUCACAAGAUUUACUGUCCUGCAAAAAAGGUCGCUGCCGCCAGAAACUGCAUUAUUUUUUUUGGUUGUCAUUUUUCAUGUAUGCGUGUUUGUUUCUGAAUUGGUACUUUUCAGUGUUUACAAAACCAGAGAACGACUAAUCCUUGGGAAAUGUAGCAUUUUGUAUAUCAGAAACCUGGUUUUUAUUAAUUGAAAAUAAUGAACAAAGAGUACAUACUAAAAACAAAGAGCACUUCUGGCCACUGUGGCGUUUUCACGUAUAAACCCUGCAUGGCCGUUGUUCGUCAACCCUUAAUGUUUUUGCAGUUUUAGUUAGGUUUAAGCUUUCUGAACUUCCAAAAAACUUAUUUUGUUUUUGGGUUUGAUCAGAUAAAAGAACAAGAGGGCAAAACCCUUAGUAUUAUAUUAGAUUUUGCAGGAAGGGGCUUUAUUAUUUUGCAUUUUGUCUCAAUAUUUCUCUCAAAUUUUUCGUGAACAAAGAUUGAAUCUUUCUGAGCUGAUCAUUGUUGAAAACCUGUUAGGGAGGCAGAUAAGUCCUCUCAAGACUGAUGCUUGUUGGACUAUUAGUACUAAAAACCAUGAGUUAGAUGGUGCUAUCGAGUCACAUGCAUUUGACAGUAUUAGCAUAAAUGAAUUAAUAAAUUGUACAUAUGAAACUGUGAAGUCCCCCUGGAGGAUGUAAAGCUGUUUAAAUCCUAUUCAGUACUAAUCGCAGGUCAUUUUUGCAGAUGCGAGUGAAAACUGUCAGACUUUGCUGGUGCUCAUAACAAGCUUCAGUGCAGAUUAAACCAGUGUUAAUGCUUUUUAGCUAUGCAUUAUAUAUAUUUGGUAGCUGCCAGGGUUAGUGAGAAAACUUAAUUGAGCUAAUUCGUAAAUCAGUCGUUCGUCUUGCUUUGUUAUGUUUACUUUUCCCCUAAUUCUGCCAGUCUUGUAUGCAUCAAGUAGAUUGGACUCUUGUUUGACCUUUGCGAUAUUACGAGUUGAUUAUUAUUUCAUGCCAAAAAAUGUAUCUGCUGCUCAGCGCUUAAGUCUCAACCGAGUCCAUUCUGCUCUUUGCAUUCAUUUAUAGAGUAAAUGCCCUGAGCUUGAUUAGGGCAUUGAGGGCAAAAAUGAUGAAAAAUAUUAUGGCAAUAAUUUGUAGAUAUGUAAAGAUUGUUCUAAGUUGGUUUUUACUGAAAAAAUGUUUGUUGCCUUUUGUUUACUGCAUUAAGAGACAUCCUAAGCAUGCAUGCUACCGGCGAUUGUUCGCAAAAAUACCAAUACAUUGUAUUUUCGAGAUGCAUAGAGAAAUAAUUUUGUGUGGCACAUCUCAUUUAAAACUUUAGUUUUCUGUCCACAAGUUGAAGGGUUUGCUGUUUGAGUUUAACCUUAAUACUUUAUGGCUGCUAUCAGUAAUGUGAAGAGUAUAUUGAAUGCACUGCAGUUGCAAUUAUAAGUUAAAGAUUGAGUCUUAUGUAUCUAUAUAGUUAUAAAAAUACAUGGUAAGAGUACUAGCAUGUUUGAAACUGCGAUGACAUUGAUCGAUCAUUAUUCAUUGACUGGGUUAGAGAGCACUACAGAGAUUUUUUGUAAGAUCCCCGUCAGUAUUCCUCACGGUCAUAAUGCAGAUCAUGUUCUUUAAACAACACAACAAUGUAGUACUUGGUGCUCAUAUAAACGAAAUUCUUUUUUAUUUUUGUAUUUUGUAAGUGUCUGUGUUCCUAUUAUUCUGUAUAGCUAUUAGUACUUUUAUAAAUGACAUGGUGAACUGCACAUUUAUGUUAGUUCAAGUUUGCUGAGGUACAGAUGGAAAUAAAGGCAAACUAAAAGAUCAGAUUAUA